AUGCGUGACCUUCAAGAUUCAGAGAGAGACGAGGUGAACAACUUACAGGAGAGAGACGAGGUGAACAACUUACAGGAGAGAGACGAGGUGAACAACUUACAGGAGAGAGACGAGGUGAACAACUUACAGGAGAGAGACGAGGUGAACAACUUACAGGAGAGAGACGAGGCGAACAACUUACAGGAGAGAGACGAGGUGAACAACUUACAGGAGAGAGACGAGGCGAACAACUUACAGGAGAGAGACGAGGCGAACAACUUACAGGAGAGAGACGAGGCGAACAACUUACAGGAGAGAGACGAGGUGAACAACUUACAGGAGAGAGACGAGGUGAACAACUUACAGGAGAGAGACGAGGUGUGA